GAACUAUCCCUUCAAUCAAAAACCAGCCAAUUCCACCCACAUGUACACCCCAUAACCACAGACCAAACACACAAACGCUGCAUCUCUCGAGUGUUUGGUGUGAAGAUCGGCCCUGCCGCCAGCUCUAUGGACAGAUGGUCUCCAGGUUCUCAGCUGUGUCGCUUCACUUCAGGUGUCUGUCCUGCUCUCCAGUGUCACACAUAAGAUCUCCAGCUCAAGGGGUUUUGGGUUUCCACUAAGCAGGGCUCAAAACCGCUCACCUGUGCAGCGUUGCCUGGCUACCCUCAUCUUUAAUUUAACACGCCAGACCCGACUACAGACGGCCGCGUACGCCUCGGUCUUCACCAUGCAGCAGGACUCAGAGAAGACGACGUGCGACUGCGAGCCCAUGCAGAACGGAGAGGCCAUGAGUCCGGAUGUGCAGGACUCCAAAGGUUCACCGGGGGACGAGGAGAGCCAGAGAGCUGUCCCGUCCGCACCGCCGCUGCCGCAGGAAACUUCUCCGUGUCCAAGGCCCAAACUGGUGUUUCACACGCAGCUGGCGCACGGAAGCCCGACGGGACGUAUUCAUGGGUUCACCAACGUGAGGGAGCUUUACACCAAGAUCGCAGAGGUGUUCAACAUCUCGGCCUCUGAGAUUCUUUUCUGCACGCUAAACUCCCAUAAAGUGGACAUGCAGAAGCUGCUGGGGGGUCAGAUCGGACUGGAGGACUUCAUCUUCGCGCACGUGAGGGGAGAAACCAAAGAGGUGGAGGUCAUUAAAACAGAAGAUGCUCUCGGUCUGACCAUCACUGACAACGGAGCGGGAUACGCCUUCAUUAAAAGGAUAAAGGAAGGCAGCACCAUUGACAGAAUAAAAACGGUGUGUAUCGGCGAUCACAUCGAGGCCAUUAAUGACCAGAGCAUUGUGGGAUGUCGACAUUAUGAAGUGGCUAAGAUGCUGAAGGAGCAGACGAGAGGAACGCCCUUCACCCUUCGCCUGGUGGAGCCCAAAAAAGCCUUCGACAUGAUAGGCCAGAGGACGCGAGCCCCCAAGUCCAGCGAGGGCAAGAUGGUGAGCGGGAAAGAGACUCUGCGUCUGCGCUCCAAAGGUUCAGCCACCGUGGAGGAAAUCCCCAGUGAGUUCGAAGACAAGGCUAUCAGGAAGGUCGAUGAUCUUCUCGAGAGCUACAUGGGUAUUCGCGACCUUGAACUCGCGACGACCAUAGUGGAAGCCGGGAAGAACAAGCAGAACCCGGAUGAUUUCGCAGAGGCGCUUGACUCUGUUCUGGGUGACUUCGGCUUUCCUGACGUCUUUCUGUUCGACGUGUGGGGCGCUCUGGGAGACGUCAAGAACGGGCGGAUUUAGAGAGUAAGUAAAGACAUCUGAGAGGCUGAUUUAUGACGUCUGUCAUCUGUUUUCAUAUACUCAAUCCUCCCAAUUCCCACACUGAUCCUGAGGAAUGGAGAACGUCAAGGUAUUAGCGGCUAAACAACGGGCUAAUGUGAAAAUACAAGUGUGUAGAGCAGUACAAAGUAGGUCAAACUGUAUUUCCCACCGAUGUGUAUAGCUAAAUAGGG